AUGAGUAGUGGCGAAGCUUCAAGGAAAGCUUGGUUGGUGGCCACUAGCAUUGGGAUGGUUGAGACGUCGAAAGAUCAAGGCGUGGCACGGUGGAAUGGACCUUUUAGGGAGCUUCACCAACGAGCGGAAACCAAGCUAAGCUCUUCUUAUUUGAAAACAAGUAGCUUUAGCCAUUUCUUGUUUACAAGUGUAAUAUCAUCAUCUUCUUGGAAAACAUCUACCGCUAUAAAAUCAAAAGAGGAAUCGAUGAUGAACAAAGUCUUGGAGAUGAACUGUUUUGGUCCAAAUAGUAUUAGAUUUUAG